GCGAACAAGUGCAAGACUCUUUCACUCUGCAAGAAUUCGGAAGUCGCAGUUCCUCCGAAGGAGCACUGUCUUCGCGUCUCACCCUGGCUGAGGCCUGUGGAAGGAGUGGAAGAAGGGGCUACCACAGACUCCAAGGGGAAGCUCCGGCACCGGAAGAAUCAACCUCCCAACAACCGCCAAGUCCUUCCAGCCAGCCGUCGACUUGCUCCAGGCUCCCAGCACCCCAGACAGAGCCAGUAGAGUGUAGUUCUCCGAGCUCAAGCACCGAAUCUAGCUCUGACUACGAAAGAGACUACUUCGGAGGCUUCACGGACACGGAUGACGAAGAUGAAGAGCUGACAUGCAACGUCUGCGAGAGAUCUUUCAAUACUGUUCGUCGUCUGGAGCAGCAUCAACAGAGAAAGCGCCACUAUGGAUGUUCCAUCUGUGAUUCCAUCUUCCCGGGACUAAUGGCUCUUGAGCUGCACAAGGAGACACUCGAUCACUGGUCUGAUUACGAACUGAGAGUGAAAAAAGUGCAAGAAGAUGAGAGGGAAUCGGAUUCUGAAGACGAACUGGAGGAGCAUCGAGUGUACAGCGGUAAGGGUAGAGACGAACUAAGGAGGCUUUUGCUUUGAUGGUGUUGUUUCUGCUGCCGGCAGAGGCAGCAGCAUUAUAGUCUGCAUCUAUGAGUUUAGUAGUUCGGUGCUGUGAUUUCUUCAUUGUAUAUACAAUAACAAUAGCAACAAAGAAACAGACAGUGGUGUUUUCAAGACAAUUUUACGAUAUUUCUUAACUGGUAAAUCUUAUUUUAUUCUAAUACUGUUCGUCUCAAUCUCUAAACGAACAAGAAGAGCGAUGCUAGCGAAGUAACAGGUAUGUAGAAAGUGGUAUCAACAGAGCAAGCCGAAAUGUGGUAAGAUUAACUAGUUGUUAUCUGUUGAGUACCAUUCAUAAAAGAAUCAGCCAAGAUAUUUCUGUUAAUUAGCGACUUUAUAUGCCUUAUCGGCGUGGACACGUUCAUUAAGAAUUACUUCCUAGUCACACAGCAUUUGUGUUAUGGAUUCUUCGAUAUUGAGGAAAAUAUAAAAUAAGGUUCCUUUUUUUCAUGUCGUUAUUAAUGAUGGUGGAUGAAACAUAUUUCAUGUAUAGGUAGUGAUAUUUUAUUUCAUUUUUGUUCGCAUCUAUGAUUUAUUAAGAACUUACACUUAUAACUAGAAUGUCCAAACCUUUGAAAGCUCUUGUACAAAUUACUAAAAUUGGAGCAUACAGUUUGAUUGAACUGAAAUACCUGCAUACUGUAAUGUGUUAAUUGUUAAAAUGUACAGUUUUUAGAUUGUUUUUGUAUUUUUAAAGUUUUAAGAGGCGAAAAAUAUCAAAAUCUUUCAAAUAAUGAUUAUCUUUACCGGUGCUUUUCACUCUUCCAUAGCUGAUAUAAAAAUUAGAAUGCAACUUAUUAAUCCUCGAAGGCUUUGAAA